ACCCCUGCUACAGAGAAACAAACGUGGUGGGGUUGUGGCAAUCAUAUUCCAUCAGUGAUGGACUCAAUCCCAGAGAGUGAGAGAUGCACCUGUACGCCCACUCGCGAAGUCGAGGGGAAGACCUACCCACCAAAGUCGGGAGAAGGGAAG